GUUUACAGCAUCCUCUACACCUAUUUAUUUUCUCCACCGUGUAUAUCGUUUGGGCAGAAAUCCAGUUCAAUUAGGGCAAAAUAGCCCCAAAACAAUUCGCACCAAAAUUAUAAUAAAUUUUUCUUUCCUCAAAUUUGCCCCUCAACACCUCCAGAUUUUACACCUUCACCUCUCUCUCUCUGUAAUCAUUUAUAUAUAUGUAUAUUCCGUAGAUACAUACAGAUAGAUACAGAUACAUACAUACGCAUCUGUAUAGUUCGAACUUCAGAUCUCACGAAAUUCCGUUCCUUUACGAGAUAGCUACUUGGGAUUUCUAGCUUAUUCUGAAAUUUGUUGUGAAUUUCUGGAAAAUGGAAUUUUUCGAGUGGAGUAUUUCGAUUUGAAGAGGAAGUGCUGAUGGCGUGAGUUUCGGUGUAAGCUUAAAGGAAUGAUGCAAAUGGCUGAACAUGAUUCAUCCACGGCACCCAAUGCGAAUGUGGAUGCAACUGUUACUUUGGCUGUCCAAUUGGCUGAAAAUGUGUUUCCCGAUUCUGGCGUGGACGAGGGUCUUUCUUUAGUUAGCCACACACUUUCGAUCGGGCAGGAGUUUCCUGACGUCGAUACUUGUAGAAGGACAUUGAAAGACAUAGCCAUAGCUUUGCAUUUCGAGAUUCGGAUAGUGAAAUCCGAUAGGAGUAGGUUUAUAGCCAAGUGUUCGAAAGAUGGUUGUCCGUGGCGGGUCCACGUGGCAAAAUGCCCUGGAGUUCCCACAUUUACUGUCAGAACCCUCCAUGCAGAGCACACGUGCGAAGGUGUUCAAAAUCUUCACCAUCAACAAGCAUCGGUCGGUUGGGUUGCUCGAUCUGUGGAAGCUCGUGUAAGGGAUAAUCCACAGUAUAAGCCAAAGGAGAUUUUGCAAGAUAUACGAGAUCAACAUGGAGUCGCUGUCUCUUAUAUGCAGGCAUGGCGGGGAAAAGAACGUAGUAUGGCUGCUCUACACGGGACUUACGAGGAAGGUUUUAAGCUUCUUCCUGCUUAUUGCGAACAGAUAAAAAAGACUAAUCCAGGCAGCAUUGCCUCAAUUGUUGCCACUGGACAGGAGAAUUCGUUUCAGAGGCUAUUUGUGUCUUUUCGUGCUGCGAUUUACGGAUUCAUAAAUGCCUGUCGCCCACUUUUGGAACUGGACAGAGUUAACCUCAAAGGGAAGUACCUAGGUACAUUGUUUUGUGCAGCUGCAAUUGAUGCCGAUGAUGCGCUAUUUCCGUUAGCAGUAGCUAUCGUCGAUGUGGAGAGUGAUGAGAACUGGAUGUGGUUCAUGUCGGAGCUACGGAAGCUUCUUGGAGUGAACACCGACGCUAUGCCGAGACUCACAAUACUUUCCGAGAGAACAAUGGGUAUGGCAGAAGCUGUCGAGACGCACUUUCCGAAUGCAUUUCAUGGUUUUUGCCUGCGGUAUAUAAGCGAGAACUUUCGGGACACUUUCAAGAACUCGAAGCUGGUGAACAUAUUCUGGAACGCUGUUUAUGCCCUCACAACGGCCGAGUUCGAAAGCAAAAUCUCCGAGAUGGUGCAGAUUUCGGAGGAUGUCUUGCCUUGGUUUCACCAUUUCAACCCCCAGCUCUGGGCCUUGGCAUACUUUGAAGGGGUACGGUACGGUCAUUUCACAUUGACUGUCACGGAGCUGUUGUACAACUGGGCAUUGGAAUGCCACGAGCUCCCUAUCGUACAAAUGGUGGAGCAUAUUCGCCAUCAGUUGAGUUCGUGGUUUAACGAUCGUAGAAACCUAGGAAUGAGGUUGACUUCAAUUCUAGUACCGUCUGCUGAAAAACGGAUUGCGGAAGCUAUAUCAGAUUCGCACUGUUAUAAAGUACUCCGUGCGAACGAGGUCGAAUUUGAGAUUGUCUCGACUGAACGGACGAACAUUGUUGACAUAAGUACACGUGUCUGCUCGUGCAGGCGGUGGCAGCUCUACGGGCUGCCAUGUGCACAUGCUGCAGCUGCACUUAUCUCUUGUGGGCAAAACGCUCAUUUGUUUGCCGAGCAUUGCUUCACUGUCCACAGCUACCGCGAAACUUACUCGCAGAUGAUAUAUUCUAUACCCGAUAAAAGUAUGUGGAAGGAGAAUGGAGAGGGCAUUGAGGGUGGUGGUGCAAAAGUGGAAAUUACAAUCCGGCCCCCCAAAACUCGUAGACCUCCAGGAAGGCCCAAGAAGAAAGUUCUUCGAAUGGAAAGUUUGAAACGCCCGAAAAGGGUAGUUCAGUGCGGUCGCUGCCAUAUGCUCGGACAUUCUCAGAAGAAAUGCACACUGCCCAUGUAAUCAUUAUUGUCAAUUUUUUCGCCUUUAGUAUGCAUUUGCAUGAUCUACUUUCUAAGGAGUUUAGUUAGAAUUUGUAGGCUUCUGUGCUGUGAUUAUUGUACUGUGUAAACUGUAUUGUUUAGUUAACUUAUGAAAGUUUUGCCCCUAU